AUGUCCACAUUCACCCCCCUGAGCUCAGAUGGGAGGCGCUGGGAUAAAGCUGGUUCCAGCGAAUCUCGUACGUCGAGCACAAGAUCUGGCAAGACUCAGUAUCGGCUUAUUGAAGACGUCGAAGACCUGGAUAGAUACCGCCCCGAAGGGUACCAUCCUCUACAAAUCGGGGAUGAGUUGGAUUGUGGCCGCUAUCGGCUGGUUCACAAGCUUGGGUAUGGAGGAUACGCGACCAUAUGGCUAGCUCGUGAUCUACAAAGGGUCAGAUAUGUAGCCGUGAAGGUCAUUACCGCUGAUAGCAGUGGUUGCUCUCCUGAGGCUAGCUUUCUACGUUCUCUUGGAAACACGCGAUCCGGACCAGGGAGAGAGAUUAUCCCACCGCUGAUCGACGUAUUCUGGAUCGCUGGUCCCAAUGGGAAGCACAGAUGUAUCGUGACUUCGCCCGCGCAGAUGAGCUUGUUUGACGCCAAAGAGGCUUCUACCUUCGGGCUCUUUCGGCCCAAGGUCGCGCAGUCGAUUGUUGCUCAGCUCAUUCGUGGAGUCGCAUUUCUUCACCAUGAGAACAUUGUGCAUGGCGACCUUCAUCUUGGCAACAUUCUGAUCCAGUUUCCUGGAGUGAUUGAUCGCCUCUCCACAUCGGAGCUGUAUGAGAGAUUCGGUGAGCCAGAGUCAGAAGCCGUCGUUCGUCUCGAUGGCAAGCCGUUGCUGGACGGCGUACCCGCCCACGUAUUCAUUCCCGGUUGGUUCGGCGUCCCCAGCGACGAGAUUGUUCUUGGUGACGAGAAGAUCAUCCUUAGCGACUUUGGGGAAUCUUUCAACCCAGACAAAGAGCUCAGAUUCUCCUCGAAGACACUUCCGCUCCUCCAGCCACCGGAAGCUAGAUUCUCGGACGAGCCGCUCUCCUUUGCUGCAGACAUCUGGACACUUGCCUGUACCAUCUGGGAAAUUUUUGGCCAGCGACCUUUGUUUGAAGCUUUCUUCCCAACUGCCGACCGCGUUACCAUGGAGCAAGUCGAAAUCCUAGGCAUCUUGCCUCCGGAAUGGUGGCGAAAAUGGAGCAGAAGACUGGAAUGGUUCAACGAAGAUGGUGAAAUGGAUCUGAAGCCAGAGACGUCUGGGGGCCACGAUGGCGUGCGCAGGACCUUGGACAAGAGGUUCGACUACUGCAUACAGGAGCCUCGGGAUGAGGCGGGCCUGGAGAUCGUGACGGAGGAAGAAAGGAGAGCGUUUGAGGGGAUGCUUCGGUCGAUGUUGGCCUUUCGGCCAGAGGAAAGGGCAACAGCACAACAGGUAUUGCACUCAGAAUGGAUGAAGGGCUGGGGAAUACCUGCUCUGGAACAGAGUUGGAGUACCUUUGAUUCGUAG